AGGUUUGUGCGGGGCUGCGGCCAAUGAUCGCCCCCGGUGCGCCCUUCGCUCGAAUGGAAAUGUCCGAAGUUGCUCUGGUUUUUAUUUGUUGUCGCGGUGAAUCAGCGCAGGUCGUUUGGACGCGUGGAUCAAAACAAACUUUCAAAAUAACCCCAUUUUUACGCGCAACGGUCUAGCCUUCCUUUAGCACAAAAGAACAGGCCCGAGCCUCGCCAAAGUGGAUUUAACAAAGGAGAUGCGUGCACACUGCAAUACGAGCUUGAAAAUAAUAUUAAUAAGAGUAGAUGGACGCAGACAACUCCACUACAGAUGCCUCUCAGCUGGGCAUUGCCGGGGAAUACGGCCAUUAUGUCCUCCAGUCGCAAGAUGAUGAGGGCGAGGAGGGCAUGAACGACCACGACGACAGUGGGAUCAAAGAGAACUUCCGGGAGCAGGAUAUAUAUCUGCCAAUUGCCAACGUGGCUCGGAUCAUGAAGAACGCUGUGCCAACGACCGGGAAGAUCGCUAAGGACGCUAAAGAGUGUGUUCAGGAGUGUGUGAGCGAGUUCAUUAGUUUCAUCACCUCAGAGGCGUCAGAGCGAUGUCAUCAGGAGAAGAGGAAGACCAUAAACGGAGAGGAUAUCUUGUUUGCCAUGUCAACACUGGGCUUUGACAUGUAUGUCGAGCCGCUCAAACUCUACCUACAGAAGUUCAGAGAGACGCUGAAAGGAGAAAAGGGGAUGCCUGGAGUCACUCUGGGAGAUGGAGUGGGAGAUGAACUGGCUGACGAGAGCUUCUCGACCCCACUCCCCGCUGGUAUCAUCACAGCAGACGGACAGCAGCAGAACGUUAUGGUCUACACCACCUCCUACCAACAGAUCCCCACUGUGCAGCAGAUCCAGUUUUCAUGACCUGAGUUUGACCUCCACAAAAAACUACAACUGUGAUGUCCACUGCCCUCCAAAGGUCAGAGUUCAGCAGGAGAGGCGUGUACAAAGGAUGCCUAAGUGGGUGGACAGUAGUGUAGUCAUAAAGUACCACACGAUUUGGGAUUUUUGGUCCAAAUCGAUGGAUAAAGGCUUUGUUUUUAAGGCUAGUCUUAAUAUUACACUUUAAAAAUCAUAUCUGCUGAUGUAAAAAUGAUUAAGUCAGGUUAAAAGUCGAAUCAGAAAAUGAGUAAAGGUCCUAUAUUACGCAAAAUGGACUCUUGUGACCUUUAAGCCAUGUUAUAAUGUUAUCUCAUCACAAACAUACCUGGAGUUGUGUUUUGUUUCACCCACACGUUUGAGUAACUGCCUGACAUCUCAAGGUGGAACAGAUGUUUUCAGUUUGGGAAAAGAACUCAUCCUAAACAUGCAGGAUUUUGUGUGAAUGAAACAAAACACAACUCCAGGUGUGUUUGUGAUGAGGAAACUUGCAAACUUUAAUAAAUGUUUAAAAAAAUGAAUUUAUUUUACAAUUACUUUGACAAUACAAACAGUGUUCCUUACUUAAAAAUUCUGCCAGUGGAAUUUGUGUUGUGAUCAUUUAUACUAAAGGUGCACUAUGUAACUUUGCGUUGCUUGGAAUGUUCCACAGUAUGGCAUUUGACUUGUCUCCACGAGGACAAGCAGGUGACACCAACAGGCCAGGUUACAGGUCACAUCAGCGGCAAUGCGUAAUUUAUUUUUAAAUCCACAGCAUGUAACUUUUUAGUCAAACAAUAGAGUAAAAUAAAGGCAUUUUUCAUUUUGGUUUUGUUUGUACUGAAAAACACAUGUCCUUGCUGUGAGCGGGCUUGCCACUCCUUCCUUUAACUAGUAUAUUCCACAGUAUGGCAUAAAACACAUCUAUGUUCAUGGAGAAUGUUCCAAAGUAUGGUUUUAAUUAAGUAUUUCCAUGGAAUCAUACAGGUGACAUGCCACCUCCAGAAAGUUUAAUACUAUACCUUUUAAGCAAUAAAAAAAUAAUCUGUAAUUGAAUAAAUGCAAGAGAAGUUUAAUGCCAUACUUUGGAACUUUAAAGAGGGGAUUUUCUUUUCUUUUUAAAGCUUUCUACCAUGUUAUAGUGCUGUUCCCUUAUCACAAACAUGCGUGUUUGAGUAAUCUAGAGAUCUCUCCUGGGCCUCAUUCGAACCCUCCUUAUGUUUAGCAGUACGAGCUUGUACAAGGCUCCGCCCACAGGUCUACGUCACCCAUGCUCCCACAUGACAGUUCCCCUUAAAACAUGAUACAAAAUUGUACACAUCAACUAGACAAACCUGAUUUGAUGUGGUGUAGUUCCAGCAGUGACCCUCCACCACAAAAAGUUACAUCGUGCUCCUUUAAAUACAGAAACAUAAAAUAAAUCUGUUUAUUUAUUUUUUUAUUUCGUCACUUUUACUUGCAGAUAUUGUUUUUGCAGUGUAAUGAAUUUAGUGUCCGUGCGUUUUGUUCAUGUGUUUUGGUUCUUUAGGGGACUGCGUAUGGGGAGGGUGGGGGGUUAAAAUGUUAAAAUUACACGUUAAGAUUUUAUUUUCAGCGCUUUUUUUUUUAAGCAAGAGGAAAAGGAGAUGUAUCAUGCAGGUUUUUUGUAGAUUUACCAUGUGCUUUAAUGUUGUCAAACCUUUGAAUAAAAACUGAAAAAUCACAGUUGCUAUGUUUUAUUAUUACGGCAUGAUUUCAUGUGCAAUAAACUUUUACACCUCAGU